AACCGGUAUGCUUAACAACCAAAAAAAUUCUGAUAAGAAAUAUUGAGUCAAAACAUUAAUAUUUAAACAGUAGCCAAGUAGUCAUCAAAUCGCUGUGUUCCGAACCGGUAAACUUUUAUUUGUAAACAAAAUCGGAGAAUAACGAAAAUAAAAACCAUGUUCUUAUAUUUGGCUAUAUUCGUGUUAACAUUUCUCUAUGUGACGAUAACACGUCACUAUAAUCAAUGGCAACGUCACGGUAUACCGGCCGCCGAAUCGGUUAUACCUUUUGGUUCCCUAGGUGCGUUAUUUCGUAAAGAAAAAACAAUGGGCCUGGCUAUUACCGAUAUUUAUGAAAGAUUUUCGGAUAAAAUUGUUGGCAUUAUGUUGGCCUUUAAGCCGGCCAUUCUUGUGCGUGAUGCCGAACUGGCCCGACAAAUGUUGACCAAAGAUUUUGAUAGCUUCCAUGAUCGUGGAGUUUAUGUGGAUGAGAAAAAGGAUCCGCUGUCGGCCAAUUUGUUUAGUCUUAAAGGUCAGUCGUGGCAUAAUAUGAGAACCAAGCUAUCGCCCUCGUUUUCAAGUGGAAAACUGAAGGCUAUGUUUGAGACUGUCGAUGGAGUAGGCAACAAAAUGAUCGAACAUAUUUUGCAGCAGUUUGAAGGGGGUCGCGAGAAGGUGUCAUUGGAUAUUAAAGAUAUAACAACAACCUAUGCCAUUGAUAUAAUCGGAUCUGUGAUAUUUGGCCUGGACAUCAACAGCUUCAAGAAUCCCAAUAACGAAUUUCGUCUCAUAAGCGAUCGAAUUUUCAAAACCAAUAACACCCACGUUAUACAUCGUAUACGGAAUGUUAUGAACUUUAUGUGCCCACCCAUUGCCCGAUUCCUGGCACUUUUCGGCACCUUGGACCCCAUUACGGCAGACCUAAGAGAAAUUGUCAAACGUACUAUUGAAUAUCGCGAAGAACAUGGCGUGGUUCGUAAGGAUCUCUUACAGCUAUUGUUGCAGCUAAGAAAUUCCGGUCAAAUCAGCGAAGAUGAUAACGCUGCCACAUGGCGUGUUGAAACUGUUGCAGAAAAUCUAAAAUCUUUGUCCAUUGAUACAAUAACGGGAAAUUUACUUCUAUUCUAUAUUGCCGGUUCAGAGACCACCUCGUCGACCAUUGCCUACACCCUCUACGAGUUGGCAAUGUAUCCGGAGAUAUUGCAGCGUGCUCAAAUGGAAGUCCUUGAGUGUUUGGCAAAACAUAAUCUUAAGCCUUCGGAUCAUUUGACGUAUGAUAUUUUGCAGGAUUUACACUAUAUGGAUUUGUGUAUAAACGAAACUGCUCGCAAAUAUCCUGGCCUACCCGUUUGGAAUCGUGAAUGCACCAAAGAUUAUCAUUUAGCUGAUAAUGACUUUGUCAUUAAGAAGGGUACCGCCAUAAUUAUACCUAUAAUGGGUAUUGGUAGAGAUGAGAAAUACUUCCCCCAGCCCAUGGAUUAUAAGCCUGAACGUUAUUCUGAGGAUAAGGAGGAAAAUAAUUUAGUUGCCUUUAUGCCAUUCGGUGAUGGUCCCAGAUAUUGUAUUGCUAAGCGAAUGGGCGUAAUAAAUGUCAAAGCUGCCCUGGUAAAAAUUUUGGCAAAUUUCAAUAUUGAAAUACAGCCACGCAAGGAGGUGGAGUUUAAAUUUCACUCAACACCCGUUUUAAUGCCUAAGGAAAGCUUGAAAAUUACACUAAUAAAACGAUGUUGAAAAAUUGUUCUGAAAAAACUGAAUUGAAAGGAAAAUUCAAGCAUAAAAUUAAAAAAAGUGCACAGUUUUAGUAAACAAUAAAAA